UUCAGUUCUGAAACUUCAUACACUUAUUGAUGCAAACAUAAUAAUUACAUUCUCAAGAAGUAUAUAAACGUAUGCUUUCCACACAUCCUUCGAGUUAUUGUACGACAAGAAUUUCCACUGUUCAAUAAGCAGUUUCACUUCUUUUGAUAACUCUGCUGAUCAUUUCAUCAUGGCAUUUGUGGCACGACGCAGCAUUGAGGGCAAGUUGGUUGAUUGUCAGGUGAUUUCGGGGCUAAGAGGGAAAAGCUCGAUGUCUGUGUCCGAUGUGAGUGACGACGAUACUGACUCCGGCACUGUGCAUGGCUACAGUUCUCGCUCCUAUGUGUCGCCCACUGUGCGCUAUGUGGCCAAGGACGAAGAAGACAAUAUCAGCAAUAGCUACACUCAGGGACGUGGCAUGCAACGAGAUCUUGACUCCGUUUCACGCUAUGCUGAUGAGUAUGAGAGCGGUGAGGAGGAGAGUGGCAAUGAGCUGCAGCAGAUAGAUGAUCAGGGAGCAGGUGGCGACUAUCUGUACAGAGAUGAGGCUGCCAAGUCGAUCAUAUUGGAGAAGGAUGUUGAUGAGAAGACUGUUCUCAUGCCACAUCGCAAAGUUGCAGGUGGCGGCGAUGCUGAUCGAGAGCUGCACGAUAGCUUGAGUCUGGCCUCGAUUGAUGAGGACACAGUUUGCAGUCCAAUGCUGCACGGCGAUAGCGAUGCUGAUUGCCUGAGCAUUGUCUCGAAUGAUGUUUCUACAGUUUGUCAUUCUGAUGCCAAGACUGACGACGUCAGCAUGGUCUCUUUUGAUGUGGCCACUGUUUGCCAACCGAGUGCGGCAGACAAGUUGCAGCCGGAUGACACAAUAAGUCUCGACUCCAUGAAUUGUGCUUCUGUUUACCGUGCGGUGAAGCCGAGCGAAGACGCUGUGAGCACCAAUACAUUUGAUUGCCAGAGUCAAUUGACAAGCCGCACCUAUAAUGUGAAGUCAACCACAGUGCGACGUGACGAUUGUUCUUCGGCAUCCACAUGUAGCUGGACCGAUAUGUAUGGCGGUGCCCUGAAGCAGUCGGAGAGCCGCAGCAACAUUGUACCAUCCCUUAGUCUCAAUCUGUCGACCGCAUCGUCGUCAGGCUCGUCUACAUACUUUCGAACGUUCGACGACAAGAAGCAGCAACACGGCCAGGCGGCCUAUCAGGAUUGGGUGAAGCGUAAGGAGCGCCAGAAGCAGCAGAAGAAACAGGCCGCCAAGAUGGAGCGCGAGAAACGCGAUGCGGAGAAUGCGAUGCGUCAGCGUCUUGCCAAAGAACGCUAUCAGGAGUGGUGCAGGCAAAAGGAGUUGCAGCAGAAGAAGCCGGCAACAAGUAGUCUUAAGAGUGCCGGCAGCUCUACCGGCUAUAGCAGCCAAUCGAGCACGGCGAGCUCGGGUGGCUUGAGUCCCAAUCGCACAAAGUUGCAGCGCAAAGAGACCAAGGAGGCAAUUCAGAAGCGUCUAGCCGACUGGGAGCGUGUGAAGAAGCAGCAACAGCUGCGGGAGCGUGAGCGCCAGCAGCAGCAGCAGCAUAGCAAGGAGCAGCUGGAGCUGCAGCGUAAGCAGAGGAAUGAGGGCGCCUGGCAGAACUGGAUGAAGUCGGUUAACAAGCGGGCCAAACCGGUUCCAUUGAAUCAGGGUUUCGACACGCUGCGUGGCACCAUCUCUAACAUCUAUGUGAAUCCAAAUCAAUGGGUUUCGAAUAUUGAUCCCAACGAUUCGCGAGCCAAUUAAAGAGAAAGAUGGCCAAGGCUCUAGUUUUACGUUGAUAGUCUUGUUUUCAUUGGCAUUUCAAGAAAUCCAAAAAAAAAGAAUAGUUGCUAUGAAAUGGAUCUAUUUGUAACCGACGGUGAUAAUGGAAUCCACAAAAAAACGAUAAAACACCCACAAACACUCAUACAUUGUAUAUUCCUAUUUGUUUACUGGCAUAUUGGUUGGCUCACUACAAUUUGAGCACCGAUAUUUCAAUAAACUAAUUAGUUACAUAGACAAAAAAAAGCAAAAAAACAA